AUUCCAGCCCAAACCUUCCCAAUUCUUCACAUUCGCUCUCCACUGCUCUGCCUCUCUAGGCCUUCGUUUCAAGCCUCAAUCUUCGUGAAAAUGGCUGUGGCUGUGUUCUUCUUGGUGGGUUUUCUGUCAAUGGCCUCACUGGUUCACGGCAAUGGAGGGUGGAUAAAUGCUCACGCCACCUUCUACGGCGGUGGCGAUGCCUCCGGCACAAUGGGGGGGGCCUGUGGGUAUGGAAAUCUGUACAGCCAAGGGUAUGGAACCAACACUGCGGCUCUGAGCACGGCUCUGUUCAACAAUGGCCUGAGCUGCGGGUCUUGCUACGAGAUCAAGUGCAUGAAUGACCCCAGAUGGUGCCUGCCGGGCUCCAUUGUCGUCACCGCCACCAAUUUCUGCCCGCCGAACAACGCCCUCCCCAACAACGCCGGCGGCUGGUGCAACCCUCCUCUCCACCACUUCGACCUCUCCCAGCCCGUCUUCCAGCACAUUGCCCAAUACAAAUCCGGCAUUGUCCCCGUCGCUUACCGAAGGGUGGCUUGCGGGAGGAGGGGAGGCAUAAGGUUCACAAUCAACGGCCACUCCUACUUUAAUCUGGUCCUCAUCACCAACGUCGCCGGCGCCGGCGACGUCCACGCCGUGGCCAUCAAGGGCUCCCGCACUGGGUGGCAGGCUAUGUCCAGAAACUGGGGCCAGAACUGGCAGAGCAACACCUACCUCAACGGCCAGAGCCUCUCCUUCAAGGUCACCACCAGCGACGGCCGCUCCGUCGUCUCCUACAAUGUCGCCCCCGCCGGCUGGUCCUUCGGCCAGACCUACACAGGAGCACAGUUCCGCUGAACACAAUUUUAGCUGUUUGCUUCCAAACUUUAGCCAUAUCUACAAUUUUAGCUGUAUCUACCGUUCUAAGCAGUCACUAGUAUUAGUAUUGUGACUAAGAUUACUAGGAGAUUUAUCUAUUGUGGGUCAAUCUUGGAUUUGGCCUUUAGGGUCUAGAAUGAAAGGGGCUUAUUUUAACGGCCCUUGUCAUUUUGAUCGUGGGUACCCUCCAUUUCUAUUGAUGGGUACCCUCUAAUUCUUGGGGCCUUUUUGUAGCUUUAUUAUUUUAUUUUCUUUUUUGGUGGGUUAUUUUUCCUUCUGUUGCAAGGGAGGAGGAGGGAGAUGGCAGAGGUGGACUUUUACCACCCGCCACUAGUAACCAGUCUUUUUUUUCUCGGUUUGGAGUUUACACUUCUGGGUUGUAACUUGUGUAUGGCCGUGGCAUUCUUGGGCUUGCCGCACUAUAUAUUCAGUUUCUUUAGUAAUGAAAGAGUGUUUUAGAACU